CAAGAUGUAUAUGGUGGAAACGAUGACGAUGAUGCCUGCUCAGGCAUACGCUCAGGGGCACAGCUAUGACCGUGGAGUGGUGCCAAUACCUUCCGAUCUCGACCUCGAGCUCUCGACUCUGCUCGAUGCGCUGAGUAUCCAGCACCAGAACGCCGGUUUGAGUGAGCCAAACGCGGCCUACGAGCGCGCGCAAGAGCACGAGCCAAGGGACACGCAUAUGAUCCAAGACGCACAAAUUCCCGCCGCGGAGAGCUAUCAGUCAAACAUCUCGGACUCCUCAAAUUCCUCCGACGCCAUUCCUUCCUCCGCUUUUGUCCAAGUAGCCCACCAGGCCACCCCCACCCCUACGCCUGCAGACCCCUCCCCGGCCCCACCGCCCCCCUGCGCGCUCCUGCAAGCCAUCGCGCACCAGUUCGAGCAGUACGCGACCACGAGCGGGGAGUACCUCGAGCUCAUCUUCAUCCACCGCGAGGCGUUCUCGUCUUGCCCGCGCGGACACGAGGGGUGCCCGGCGGGGUUUACCGCGCUCGCGCACGCGCUCGAGCGGAGGGCCUGGAGGGCGGAUCGGGAUGCUGACACGGAGGCUGUGGCCGCGUUUCGCCAUGAGGCGUGGAUGACGGCUGCCUGGCUGGGCUCGGGCGGCGUGUGGUGGGGCGGGUCGAGCUCUUGAGCUCGAGGAGAUGCGCAUCGAUCGUCGGUGGUUAUUGUAUAGACUCGGUAUGCAGAGCAGACCAGUCGAUGAGUAAAUUAUCACACAUGUUGUAGGUUCUGAUGUGUCUUUCGUGUGAUCAAAGAGAGUUGGCAACGUUAGCGAUACGACGUUACGGGUCUGGUGAAUAUACAGGUCAGUGGUAUCAAAUCUAGACAGACAUCAUCGAGUGCAACAUAAACCCUCUGCGAUAUAUAGCAAUGCGCACUUCCCCAUCGAAACAGCAAAGGGGGAUCCGGAACUAGUGGUGGUCGAGCUCACAGCUUGGCCUUGAGCUCCUUCAAGCGAGCGUGCUGCAUGCUCUCGUAGUUGGCAUCGUAAAGACGAUCUCCGGGGACGGCCACAAUGUGCGAGUGAAUCGACGACGCGUCUACCAUCUCGGGGACGACGUCCUUGAUUGUGUUGGCGCCCAGCAGACGCAUGUUCAUCUCAAACUCGUC